GCACGGAGUGGCUAACCCCCGUCAGGCUCCAGUAUGAUGUGCCGUUAUUCCACAGUCACAUCAUCGGCCUAACUGUGUUCUCUUCCCUGUCGGCCCUGCUUGCUUACACCAACAUUACCGGCGACCGUGUUGACAGUGGCGCAGCACGGGGGGACAAAAACAGC